AUGGGUCUUUCGGCGGACACUAUUCCACCACAAUUAGGAAACCUGUCGUUUCUUGUUUCGCUCGAUUUUAGUUACAACUUUUUUGGCGGCCCUUUGUCCGAACAACAAUCUUGGUUAGGCCUUUUAACCAAACUCAAGUAUUUGUCUCUACGAAAUAACAGUUUUACCGGUUUCAUCCCAAGUUCUCUCUCUAAUCUGACAAAUCUACGAGUUCUUGAUUUUUCUUUCAAUUAUCUUCAAGGAUAUAUUCCUCUAGAGUUGGGGAGGCUUCAUAAUCUUCAGUUUCUCGCCAUUGAGAAUAAUCGUCUCUCGGGUAAUAUACCGUCGGCCAUCUUUAACAUGUCGACGUUGAUUACUAUUGGUUUCACCGAAAAUGAAUUGAGUGGCGGCCUUCCAAGUGACAUGUGUAGUAAACUUCCACUUCUUCGACAUAUCCACCUAUCUGAAAAUAAGUUGCGUGGCGAAAUUCCGACAAGUCUAUCCGAAUGUUCACUACUUCAAACUGUCUUAUUGUCUUUCAACACCUUCAGGGGGCGGAUACCCCGAGAAAUCGGCAAUUUAAAAUUUCUUCGGAUUCUAUAUCUUUGGAGUAAUAAUUUAAAUGGUGUUAUCCCUUCCGAGAUUGGCAAUCUUCAGAAUCUCGCUAUACUUGGCAUUGAAGGAAACCAGUUUAGCGGCACAAUUCCCCUCACUAUCUUCAAUAUUUCUUCGCUCCAACGUUUACUACUACAUCAUAAUCAACUGUCUGGAAACCUCCCAAAACAUAUCGGGAAUCUUACGAAGCUCAAACACAUGGAAAUCGCAUACAACAACCUAACAGGUAGUUUACCGCGAGAAAUUGGGAAAAAUUUUCAACUGGAUACACUGCUAUUAAACUUUGACAGCUUCACUGGUUUUAUUCCAUUGGAGCUCUUUAACAUGUCAAAUCUUCGAUCUCUUGAUCUUACUGAUAACAGUCUGUCAGGCGGUCUUCCAACUAAUUUGGAUCACGGGUUACCCUUUAUUGAAGAACUUUAUCUCGCUUUAAAUUAUCUAAGUGGAUCAAUACCCGAUUCAAUCGCUAACUGUUCCAAACUAAGAAUUCUCGACCUUAGUAAGAACAACUUCACUGGUUUUGUACCUCAUUUUCUCGGCAAUCUAAGAAUCCUUGAAUUUCUCAAUCUAUAUGGCAACAAUCUAAGGAGCGAAUCCACUUCUUCAGAAUUGAGCUUCAUAACUUCCUUGACUAAUUGCAGAUCCUUAAAUUCGUUGGCAAUUAGUGAUAAUCCUUUAGAUGGAAUCCUUCCAGCUUCCAUUGGGAACUUAUCUACCUCAUUGCAAAGAUUUACCGCCUAUAACUGUAAAAUCAAGGGUAUCAUCCCUACGGAAAUCGGCAAUUUAAGCAACUUGGUGAAAUUUUCGUUGCACGAGAACGAGUUGUAUGGUAACAUUCCACCGACUGUAAACCAUUUGCAGAAGCUUCAAGGAUUAUCUUUACAUGACAACUAUAUGAGAGGUUCCAUUCCAGAAAUUCUUUGUGAUUUAAACAACUUGUUUUAUUUAUUAUUAAGCCAAAAUAAGUUUGUCGGUCCAAUACCCGAAUGUUUAGGAAAUAUAACAUCUUUAAGAUACAUCUCUUUAAAUUCCAACAUGUUGUCUUCAAGCAUACCAUCAAGCGUGUGGGGCCUCAAAGAUUUGUUGGAGCUUGACUUGUCCUCGAAUUCGUUGACUGGAUUUUUACCUCCUGAUGUAGGUAAUUUAGUGUCGGCAACUCUGAUAAAUCUAUCGCUAAACCAGUUGUCAGAGUCUAUUCCAAGCACGAUUGGGAGGCUAGUAUCUUUGACUAAUUUAUCUUUGGCGAAUAAUCAUCUGGAUGGUUCUAUCCCUGAGUCGAUGGGGAGCAUGAUCAGUUUAGAAGUUGUAGACUUGUCUAAUAAUAACCUCUCGGGUUCAAUCCCGAAGUCUUUGGAAACACUUCAACACCUCGACUACUUGAAUACACUUGAGCAUGAUGAAUCUGAGAAGGCAAUCGAGCUAAACCAUGAAGAUGCCUCAGAACAAGAGAAGAAGGAGAUGGAUGUAAUGAUUGAAGAUAUUCUAGUUGUGGACCAUGUCGUUGAUCUAAAUGUAGAUUUGAAGGCAUCAAUAGAGGUCGGAAUUGCGAUCGGGACGGUCAUCCGAGAGACAUGGAGGACAUCUUCACAAGAGGACAAUCAGAUUUCUUUCCACAAAGUCUCACACCCCGAAGACAACGAUUCCGACUAA